AUUUAGUGGCAAACGAGCCAGCCAGUCGACCAGACACACGAGCGCGCGAGUUUGAAAACCUGGCCCAAACCGAAAUUCAAAACCGACAGCAAAAACCGAUCGCAUAUUGCAACGAGCGUGGGCUGCAAUCGGAAGUGUUAACAAAAUAAAUACCUACAAAAAAACAAAAAACAAGCAACUCCAGCAGCCGAAGCUGGAACUAAUUGAAAGCCUCGCCGGCUAAUUGCCAAUAAUGAAGAUUGCCAAAACUGGCGGCCGCUGAGAAAAAAAAAAGAUAAUUCGGAAAAUCUUGUGCGUGUGUACAGAGCCGUGAAAAUCCAACGGCAAAUAAAUUGCAAAUUAAAUCGGAAAGGCACCGGAGGAUCAUCAUGAAUUCGUGGCUGCUGGCGCUGGUGGCCCUGGCAGCAGUUGUCUCUGGCAGUCAGACGCCCAGUGCGAAUCAGUACCACAUCCAGACGGACGAGGGACCGGAGCGGUACUUCCGCUUCCAAACGGACAGCGGUCAGUUCCGAAAGGAGAAACGGCUGCAGGAUGGCACCGUCAUAGGAACUGAGGCCUGGAUCGAUGCAGCGGGCUAUCUGAGGCAGAAGGACUACAUUGCCGACAAGCAGGGAUACAGGAUACUCAAGUCCAAGACCAUUUACGUGGGAUUGGGAAGAGCCGUGGAGGACGCCAUAAAAUCCACCAAGGCGGCUCCCGCCCAAUCGGGAGUCCUGGUGCAUGGUGGCUCCCCAGGAUCGUCGGUGAACAGCUUGGGCAGCUACAAGCGUCCCAACUAUGUUUACGUGUCCAGCACCACUAGCACCACCACUCCGGCUCCACCACCACCUCCACCAGUGCUCCUGGACAUCGAGGACUCUGGAGUGGGCAAACUGAACUACCUGCCACCGGAACAGGCUGCCAAGAUUGAGCCCCAAUCCCAGCUGGGAUUCGAUCACUAUCCGGAUGAGUUGCCCCGAGCGAGGGAUCAGCUACUGACGCCCCUUCCGGCCACGCCCCUUGGCCCUUUGGUGGACAUCCACCCGAAUGCCGAGCCUGUCCAGGAUGUGGAACUGAACGCCAUCAAUGUGUACGAUGCCGAAGCGGAUCGAGCUUUUGGCCAUGGUCGCUUUGGAUCGGUGAUUAGCUCCACCACAGCCAGACCUCCUUCGCUGGACAUGCUGCCCCCCUUGAGUGCCCCCAGGCGCCGCCUGCGUCCACGCCCAACUCCCGCCCCCAUAGCCAUUGUCUCCAGUACGCCGGCACCGAUUUCUGGCGGGGAUUUGUACGGCUUCUCCACGCCACAGCCAUUCGCCGCACCUGCCUAUCAGUUUGCCCCGCCUGCCACGCCCUCCAGCUCGGGAUACGGUUACUAUCCGCCGCCGCAGUCUCCGCUGGAGGUGAACUCCCUGGAGGCGGCGCUCCUUCCUCCCCUGCCCUCCAGUGGAUACCGAAGACGCCUGCGCCCGAGGCCAGUGCAGGGUAAUCACCUGGACAGCCUGGCCAACUCCGAGUACGACGGCGUGGGCGUGACCCGCAAUGGAUUCCGGUACGUGCUGCCCAAGCAGUAUCACGAGGAGGAGACGAGUCCGGCGGACGGGAAGCGGGCCGGCAGCUUUGGAUACGUGGAUCCCUUCGGAAUCCGGCGGGUGGUGUACUACAAUGCGGCGCCCGGGCGGGGAUUCGUCCACCGGAACAACAACCAGUAUGUGGGCGCCAAUGGAGCGCCCUACGAUGCUCCUGGUCCGGCGCAGUUGGUCAACGAGUAGAGAACAGGGAGUAGGAUCAUUGACGGAAAUUAGUGUGGGUUACCAAAAAAAUUCGAAGGGAUCAGUAUUCAUUCAAAAUCCUACAGUUUCCUAGAAGAAGUUUGAGGAAGUGUUCAAAAGAUUUCUCGAGUAAGGAUCACCUAAAUUUCAGAAUCGGACCCACGCUAUCGAAGGUGCUGCACUUAACCCGAAUCCCGACUCACUCGACGAGGCACCAAAACUAACCGUAGAACCUCAACCAAAGGGAAAGCUCUUUCCCCUUUUACGAUUAACCUGUACAUAAUAACCACGCUUAUAGCUUUUCCUCCCGUAGAACCCACUCCUCACGUUUCUUUCCCGCACGCACACACAAAGAAAACGACAUCUGUGUUAAUUAAUUUAAUGCUUAAUCACACCCUAAUGUAACAUAAUUUAUAAAUCGAAACUCUGUGCAAUCAGCGCUUAGCUUACUUAGAUGUAUUAGGGGUACUCACUGCCAAAUUGAGUUGCGCAAGUGAAGGGGGAGCAAUCGUUUCACGUAUUAAUCUUGCCAUAUUAACGAGAAGUAAAUAAUUAAAGCCCUCUGUUCAUCCCCGGAAACUCCCCGCUGGCCCCUUAGCUUAAUGAAAUGUGUACGAUUAAACCGAUAACGAUAGUUUCUUGGUUUCUUGGCCGAUAGCUGUUCAUUUCAGGGGAAUGAACACCCGUUGCCCGGAAACUUUAGCCAAGUAGAGCGAGCAAUUAUUUUGUGAAUAGUUAAGAAGUUUGAUGAUAAUAAAUAAUUAUUUAAAUUAA